GUUUCUGUCUCCACAGCAAACAUCUUGACAGUCAUCAUCCUUUCCCAGCUUGUGGCUCGCAGGCAGAAGUCCUCCUAUAACUAUCUUCUAGCUCUAGCUGCUGCUGACAUCCUGGUUCUCUUCUUCAUCGUCUUUGUUGACUUCCUCAUGGAAGACUUCAUCUUAAACAAACAGAUGCCUCAGGUACUGGACAAAAUAAUUGAGGUCUUGGAAUUUUCUUCCAUCCACACCUCCAUUUGGAUUACGGUUCCACUAACGAUCGAUAGGUAUAUAGCUGUGUGCCAUCCGCUGAAGUAUCACACAGUCUCCUACCCUGCUCGUACUCGAAAAGUCAUUGUGAGUGUCUAUAUCACCUGCUUUUUGACCAGCAUCCCCUACUACUGGUGGCCCAACAUUUGGAUCGAAGACUACAUAAGCACAUCAAUACAUCACGUCCUCAUCUGGGUCCACUGCUUUACCGUUUACUUAGUGCCCUGCUCCAUCUUCUUCAUCCUGAAUUCCAUCAUCGUGUACAAGCUGCGGCGAAAGAGCAAUUUCCGGCUGCGAGGGUACUCCACAGGGAAAACAACAGCCAUUUUGUUUACUAUAACUUCUAUUUUUGCCAUACUUUGGGCACCAAGAAUAAUCAUGAUAUUGUAUCACCUCUACGUAUCGCCUAUAAACAACAGCUGGGUGGUACAUAUUGCAUCGGACAUUGCCAAUAUGCUAGCACUGCUGAACACUGCAAUUAAUUUCUUCCUCUACUGUUUUAUUAGCAAAAGAUUUCGCACAAUGGCAGCUGCCAUGCUGAAAGCCUUCUUUAAGUGUCAGAAGCAACCUGUGCAAUUCUAUACAAACCAUAACUUUUCCAUAACGAGUAGCCCUUGGAUUUCUCCUGCCAACUCUCACUGCAUCAAAAUGCUUGUUUACCAGUAUGAUAAGAACGGAAAGCCUAUAAAAAUAUCACCAUGA